CAGCUCGAGAUGGAGAACCAAAAAUCACGCAAAACCGUUUCGUUUUCUCUUCCCCCGAUUUCAGUAAACGCAACUUCCAGUACCCAGUCAAAGUUUGUGUUGGAAUUAAAUCAAUCCCUCGCAAGCCGCCCAGGACAGGAAGUUGUGAUCGAUAAAAUCGAUUACACACCCCGAGAACUCGUGCCACAGUCGUACGACAGGGACGGGUUAGGAUGGGAUCGAUUUCAGGAGUGUCUUCCGGAUAGUGAAGAAGUAGCUGACAAACAGGAUGAUUUGCCUUCGAUUGUGAGUUUCGAGUUAGAAGAAGAAGUAGCAGUAGAUAAAGCAAUGGAGGAAGCGGCUCAAGCCCCCGAUAAGGUGGAAGCGUUCGAUCUAGAUCAUGAGCCCGACUUCAGUGGUGUAAUCGACCGACGCAGUCCAUCGCUGGAAGCGGACAUUCCGACGUUCCACGUGAAGAUUCUACUGACGGAAACGGACGACAUCAUCCUGUUCGAAAACGUUAGUCACACGGAAGCGAAGGGUUCGGAUGAGGCGGCUGCCGUCGAAGCGUUGAACGCCGAUUACGAGCGGAAGAAGAAGGGAAGGAAAACCGCAGUCGCUGAAGCGGAAGCUCAGACCGCGGAAAUGCUGUUGAAGUCACGUGGUGUCAACACGGAACGAAUUAUGAAGGGUGAGGUGGCCUCGUUUGUGUCGAACUACGACAUGUACGAUACGUACAACGAUUUGGAACGGCACACGAAGGAAAUUGAUCUGGCGGAGGCUUCUUCGAAAAUCGAAAUUACAACCUACUCAAGAGAGGGUAUGGAGGAUAUCGACCAGAUGUUAAACAGAAAUGAAAACUUCCAUUUAUCAUCGAUGAUUUUGCAACGACUGCUAGCAGGAAAUGUCUUCAGAGAGAAGCAGAAACGAUUUCGGAACAUGUAUUUGCCAGAUCCAUUGAACAUCAAUGCCCAAUAUCUAUACAGAUUGGACACUUUAUGGAUUUACAAAGCGAUUGAAACCACUGGGAAAGCAGUAGCCGCUGCUAGUUGGUGUCCAGCGAAUGGAGAUAUUGUAGCGAUUGCUUAUGGAAUCUAUGGGUUUACUAAGUUUAGAGAUCGAAGCUCUGGCUACGUGUGCGUGUGGAGUAUCAAAAAUCCCGUGAACCCCGAGAGACGAUAUAAAUUUCCGGUUCCAGUAACUUCGGUGGCGUUCUCCAAAGCAACGCCGCAACUUCUAGCCAUUGGACUUUAUGAUGGUACGGUACAAAUCCAAGAUAUCACAGACAAUUCGCAAGUACCAGUUGGAGUGUCCGAGCGGCGGUCAUCACCGGGGUUCGAACCGAUUUGGGACAUCGAAUGGAUCGAAUCGGAUGCUGAUAAAGAUGAGAUACUGACAGCAUCUCAGGACGGAACGAUAAUGAAAUACACGCUUAACAUUGGACAGUUCUUAAUCGGAUAUCGUCAGAUGCGACUAGACCGGGUGGAAGGGGAAACCGAAGGAAUACCGGUUGAAAUAAAAGAAGACAAACUGGAAGCUGAUCGUCAUCCUCAAGCAUUGUGUCUAAAAGCUCAUCCAACUCGUAAAGAUAUUUACUUUGUCGGAACCGACGAAGGCUGCGUGCACAAAUGCUCCAUUAAUUAUCCCUAUCAGCACUCCGGGGUAACACGAAUGCACACUGGAGGAGUUUAUUGUAUCGAGUACUCGCCUUGGAGUCCGAAGAUUUUCCUUACCUGCGGAGGUGAUUGGUGCAUUCGAAUCUGGGUCGAAGACAUAAUGGAACCUAUCAUUACCCUAUCGACUGGUUUCGGCCCAAUUCAUGCGGCCUACUGGUCACCGGUGAACUCCACAGUCAUUGCCAGCGUAACGCGUACUAGUGUCCAGCUGUGGGAUCUGAAGAGACGAAUGCUAAAGCCGGCAUCCUGUACGACCUUCGGCGAUUCGAAUACAUCGUUGACAGUAGUCAAGUUUACAAAUUGUGGUCGCAGUCUUCUGGUCGGUGAUAAUGAAGGACGAACCUAUAUUUGUGCCUUAGAGGAUAUGCCCUUCCCACCGCAUUUCCAGUACGAUGAACUGCAGUCGGCGCUGUAUAGAAGUUUAAUAUGUAAACCGGAUUUACUGAACCAGGUUAAACGUUUUGGGAAUCUUGGUUAUUAAAUGAUGGUAUGUACGUAGAAUAUGAUUCAAUGAUUUUU